UUUGUUGUGGAAAUGUGAGUCUGGUUGGAGCUCCCUUUGCAUGGUAGCAGAGAUAGGAAAUGGUAUGGCUGAUCUUUUAGCAGCACAUUUCAACAGUGGUCUUGUGGCGGCAAAGCUUGGCGGUGGUGAGCGACCGGUGUGUGGCAACCCUGGCACAGGAACGCUGUGGCGAGAUCUGGGCUUUGUUGCCCAGAGAUAUGUAGUGAAGGAUGAAUUUCAUCCCUUCAUUGAGGCCCUCCUCCCCCAUGUCCGUGCCUUCUCGUACACCUGGUUCAACCUGCAGGCCCGUAAGCGCAAGUACUUCAAGAAGCACGAAAAGAGGAUGACCAAGGACGAAGAGCGCGCGGUGAAGGACGAGCUGCUGGGGGAGAAGCCAGAGAUCAAGCAGAAGUGGGCCUCGCGCCUGCUGGCCAAGCUCCGCAAGGACAUCCGGCCCGAGUUCCGCGAGGACUUUGUGCUCACCAUCACGGGGAAGAAGCCCCCCUGCUGCGUGCUGUCCAACCCCGACCAGAAGGGUAAGAUCCGCCGCAUCGACUGCCUCCGCCAGGCCGACAAGGUGUGGCGGCUGGACCUGGUGAUGGUCAUCCUGUUCAAGGGCAGCCCCCUGGAGAGCACGGACGGGGAGCGGCUGGUCAAGUCGCCCCAGUGCUCCAACCACGGCCUGUGUGUCCAGCCGCACCACAUUGGAGUGACGGUCAAGGAGCUGGACCUCUACCUGGCCUACUUCGUCCACACACCAGAACAAUCAGGACAAUCAGACAACUCAAACCAGCAAGGAGACACAGACGUCAAGCCCCCACCGAAUGGCCACUUGAGUUUCCAGGACUGCUUUGUGACUUCAGGGGUGUGGAACGUAGCCGAGCUGGUCCGCGUGUCACAGACCCCGGUGGCUACAGCGACCGGCCCCAACUUCUCCCUGGCCGACCUGGACAGCCCUGGAUACUACAACAUCAACCAGGUGACCCUGGGACGGCGCUCCAUCACCUCCACCCCUUCCACCAGGACUGAAAUGGAGCUUUAUGCAAGUCUCCCACGGAGCUCCAACAAGCGCAAGUCCAUUGACGACAGUGAGAUGGAGAGUCCGGUGGACGAUGUCUUCUACUCAGGCCGUUCCCCGGCGGCUGGAAGCAGCUCUCAGUCCAGUGGUUGGCCUAAUGAUGUGGAUGCAGUGCAGCACCAUUUGGCCAGUGUGCAGGAGAGGAAGAUUAAGCAUGAGAGCGAUGGAGUGCAGUUUCCUUACCAUGGACUGUCAUCGCCUGGUUCUCUUAAGAAGCCGGGGAAAUUCGAUUUCAGCGCCCUGUCCUCCCAGACGAGGUCCCCCCGCAUGGCGUUCACCCACCACCCACUGCCAAUGCUGGCGGGAGUGAGACCAGGGAGUCCCCGUGCUUCAGCCUCGGCCCUGCACUUCCCGUCUCCCUCCAUCAUCCAGCAGUCUAGCCCCUACUUCACCCACCCAACCAUCCGCUACCACCACCACCCUGGACAAGACCCCCUGAAGGAAUUUGUGCAGUUUGUCUGUGCUGAUGGCUCGGGGCAGGCCGCUGGACAGCAUACUCCACGCCAGGCGCCACAGCUCCCAACAGGUUUGUCGGCAUCGGAUCACGGGACAACAACUUUCUGAACAUCCCGCAGCAGACACAGUCUUGGUUCCUCUGACAAGAUCUGUGUACAAACCAGCAACUAGAAUUCUUUCUUUACAAUCGGAAAUAGAAAAAACAGAGAAACAACCCACAGGAUAACAAUUGUCCUCCAACCAACCCACCGACCGACCCUGACAGUAUGUCUCACCUGAUACAAAAUAUAACCAAGCAACACAGGAAAUUGCAGCAGCAUGACACUUUUAGAGGAACUCUGGACUCAUUUACCCAGUCAGAGGGAGGACCCGUUUUAAGCAAAGAUGGAUAGAUGGAAAGAUGAAUGGAUGGACAAGAGGAUGCCAGGAUAGAGAAGGAGUAAGAGGACAAACAGCACCAAGCAGGCAUCUCUCCUGAAAAAACCACCGAACCAGCACAACACAGCGGCAACGCAGGAGGAACCUGAGGAUGAAAAAGUGGUCAGCUUCUCCUACUUCGUGAGGACGCAUUGUUUAAUGAAUGGCAAAGAAAAUCAACUGUCCAACAGAAUCAGAUUUUCCAGAUGAAAUGUUUAACCUACAAAGCCACACCCAACCAUGAAUCCACUACCUGCUCAAAGCAAAGACACAAUUAGGUCUCCAAUGAAAGCUGCAGUCCAUGCUCCUGUUAUGUCUGUCAUCACCCAAAACAAAAUCAAAUUGACCAACGUUUUUCUCUCUCUUUGAAUGACCAUUGACUCUAUAAAGCCCCCUUUGUACCUUACUACUAACUAGAGAGAGACCAUGCCAAAACAUUUCUUGAUUAAGGGUUGCACUACAAGCUGAAUCAAUUAACACUAAUCUUAACGAUGUGCACUAUUUACCUACAAGGCAUGGGGAGGUAAACCAGACUUGCCUAUCAAGAGUUUUAAAGAGGAAAAAUCAAGGUACAAGAAGCCUUCACGUGUCCUCAACCCCCAUUGUUCAGUUCGACAAAUCAUUGGCCUCCACUCCCAUUCUCACAUUUCCCCCCCACACAACACACACUCACUACAAUCUGUGCCAUGACCACAGCAUGUAUGUACAAUUGAAUACACACACACACACACACACAGUUGCCCAGUCUCACCUUUUAGAUUGUAGUAUUUAUAGGUGGUGGUGUUGUGUUAUGAUAUUUUCAUUUUAUACGCACAUACAGUAAAGCCCAGUGAACUCUACCUAUUUGAUUAGACAUCUAAACCAACACACACACUGAAAAUCAGUGUGUACAUCAUUGCUGACAGUUUUCAUGACUAUAGACAGCAGCUAUUGAUUCCCCUUUUUGCCCUCUUGUAAUGUAGAUGAAUGAUUUUGUUCUCUUGUGUGUUCUCUUAUUUGAAUUUAUUCCUUUUGGAUUUGUACUAUUUUAUAAUUGUUUUAUAUUUGAAUGACAGCACCUUAUAGAGAAACACAGUAAGAAGUGGGAUGUUUAAGCGGCAUAGACAGGGUGGUUAGCUAACCCGGAUCAAAUAGUAGUUGCAAAAAACUUAAAGUAAAGGUUGGAUACUUUGAGAAUUACACUUUUUCGCUUUGCUACCGAAAGUUACGUGAGAAGAUUGAUACUACUUGUGUGUCUGUAUGGUAAAUAUGAAGCUACA